GUUGUCUAAGGUUUGACAUCCGCUUCCCAUCAGUUCAGUCCGAAGUCAGGGUUCCGUGUUGUGUUGUUGUUAUUUUUCAUUGCGAAUGGUGAGGCGAGGGUGUCGUAGUUAGCUGAAAACUGUGCAACAAAAGAUACGAUUCAGUUGCGAUAAUGGGUAAUCAGGUCAUACGGGGUACCAUGGGGGGUCAUAAGAAAGCAAUCACGGUAUCAUCCACGGGAAAUGAUGUUACGACGAAGAAAGGCAUGUCACGAAGUGCCUCUGGGGCCGACAUUGAACACACGUCGCACACGCAAUUCGAACCGAUUGACAAACUCGCCAAGAUCCUAACAGAACGAUCACAACAAGAGGAAUCUGUAAAUGGAGUUACCGAGAAUGUAUUUAAACGAUAUAUGUUUCCGCAGUAUCCCAAGCUUGCGGAGAAGUUGUUUUUGUUUUUACAUCGUCAGUCAAAAGCAACAACUUCCCAUCUUGGAACUUCUGCAUUCAGACAGCAGAUUGAAAGGUUUCUUUCGAUCAUGAAUGACCAAACGAUAUUGGAAAAUUAUGUCAAGAUGUAUGCCAGGGAAGGCAUAGACGUAGUCCCUGACGGCUUAGACGACUUACUAAUGGUUACUUAUCAAUUAGCUUUGGACAGCUCAAGUGGCGGACCACAGCGCUGCCCACACAUUCAUCGUACAAUCGAAUCUGUUACCAAAUCCUGUUUUCACGGCAAAGAAGUCCUAUCUGUGAGCUAUGUGAGCAAUUGGUUAUGGCAAAAUUGCCCACGGUUGUUUAACGGCCUACAUCGUUAUAUUGUCCACGCUUUCACAACGGCAUAUCGAAAUGGUGCAGCCUUACUUUCUGAAGUUCAGUCACGACCACAAUUAGCACCAGCUACACCAGUUCUAGAGCAAUCUGCACCUCUCGAUGGAUCAAAACCUCUGCUUCCUUUAAGCCAUGUCUGGCUACUUUCUGGAAGUCUUCCACUCUGUUACACGCAGGCUGAGAUUUCUCCUACGGAAGGUACUCAAGCACUGAUAGCAAAAAUGGCUGGACCAACGUACCCCAGUCAUUGGACUCUUCUUUAUAACAGUGGGCAACACGGAUCUGGUGCGAACAGAUUCAUACACCAUGUCCUGGGAUAUAAGGGUCCUACUUUAUUGUUCCUUAGGGGUGUGAGUCCUGAGGAAGGAGGCGAUCGCCCAACAUACUGUAUAUGUUCGGCCGUUGAAUGGCGUGAAUCUCACCUCUAUUGGGGUGAUGAAGAUUCCAUGGUUAUAGAGCUUUCACCCACAUUUAGAAUCGUGGAAAGAGGACCCAAGCUAGUUUAUCUAAACACAAUGAUCCGUGGCUAUCCGCAAGGUGUCCGAGCCGGCAGUGAUCCACGAAAUCCUUGCGUUGAUUUGGACAAAUCGUUCCAGUGCCUUAAACUUAACGGUGUACCUUAUCGUCUUGAUAGCUUGGAAGCUUGGGGUUGUGGAGAUCGGAAAUCCAGAGAGUUACAGUUAGAGAUUAAAAAGUGGCAAGUCAAAGAAGCUGAGAAACAGAGGGUGGUCAAGCUAAGUACGACUGAUUGGUUGGAUCACCCGGACCGCUACCUUCUUGAACUGGGUGGACGAACAUCUUACAAUAACGCGGAUAAUCGAUAAAAAUGUCCUAUCAAGAGAGUGGACAUGGCCUAACACUGGAAGCCCAGUACUUAUAGCUCAGUGGGGUUUUCUGAGAUUCGCACAAAGUACUGAUUUCAUGCUAGGACCGAGAAUAUUUUACUCACAUAGCAGAGACUGUGUUAGUACUAGAAAAGUAAGUUGUUCGUUUGUUAAAAAAAAAAAAUUCACCAAAAAGUAUUGAAUGUUUAAACAAUAUUCAAAGCAUCAUGGACUUGACGUUUUUAAAAUUGCAAAUAUUUGUAGCCUUUGAAAUUGCUCAACGUAUUUAUGUGUACCCAAAGCGAGGGUUCAAACUGCUGCUACUUACUUAUUGUUGUGAGGCGACAGUGUUUACAGGCAAGAAACUUAAUUUUUCGAAUUAUAUUAUAGGUCCCAUCAAUGAAUGUGCCAGCAUUACAAAUUCUUUGUUUCUGUUAUUUGUUUAAUACAAUGUAGAAUAAGUGACUAAAUUCGGCUAAUUGUAAUGGUUUUUCAAUGAAUUCUAUUCACUUUAAUAUUGUAUCUAAAUAUUUGCAGUUUAAUUUAUAGGUAUAUUGAAAGAAUUCGUGGAUGCCGCGCUUAGGCCUAUGUCCAUAAUCUUACUCAAGCAUCAGUAUAAGUAUUAGGUUUUAUUCUAAUUAUUAAUGUGUAAUUAUUAACGAACACAACGGCCUUAUUACUUGUCUCUUGAGUAUCUCAAUUAGGGGUACUCAAAUACGAUAUGUAAUUAUAUGAUGAAGUUAUCGAUUAUGAUCGAUAAUGUACUUAACGACCGGGUAUUGGACAUUCCCCCGCAGGAGUGAGCCUAUUUGCUCUCCUUUGUAAAGUAAUAUCUUUUAAAUAAUGUACGUUGACCUGUUACAGCGGUUCUUAAUUAUUGAAACAUGUACUUAAUACGAAGUGUACAAGGUUAUUAAACUAAUAUUACUUUUAAAAUGAUACGUUUUAGAUUAAUCUACAGGCUCGUGUAAUUUUAACUAAGAAAUUCAUUGAAUCACUUUACUUUUGUAGCUAUAUAAUCCUAUUCAGCAUGAUAAUCGAAGAAUUUGAAUCAUCAUUUGCAAACUUUUAAUGUUUAAAAAACAACAUAGGAUCGGAUCAUAUAGAUUUUCUUUCGCACGUUUAUGAUCUGCAGCUUGUAUGCAUGAAUUUUUUGUGCAACGUCGAGAAUACACAUUUGAACGAAAAAAGAACACGGUUCUUCGUAUAACAUUGAUAAAAUUUGUAAAGCGAAUUUUUUCAGUAGAGUUCGCCGGUAAAUGUCUCAUGAACGUCCUCAAAGUGUGAAGAGUGCAGGUAUUUGAAAAUUCAUACCUUCCCAUCACCAUAUAAUAGUGAGAUUAAUUUUUUUAAGCUUUGACUGCAGAAUGAUAAUUGCCGUGAAAAAUCUAAUUCGGAGACUUAGUAUUACGCAAGUUGCAUGUAUGUGAAAUAAAUUGUCGAGGUACCAUCAAAGUACACCGCUACAAGAUAUACUUAUGUAUGAAAGACGUGAGUCGAAGCCUUCCUGGACCUUAUCUACUGAUGCGUAAUCAGCGUAACGAAUAAUUAUUGUGUAAAAGGUUGCGCGUAUUAAUAAAUGCACAAUGCAUGUGCUUGAAUUGA